CAGUGCUACUUCCGGUUGGCGGGGAGAGCUGCUUCCGUUUCCGCUUCCCCUGCCCUUGCUGCCGGCCGGAGGUGACAGGACCAAGAGCCGCGAUGUGGCGGAACCUGCUGAGUCUUCACCAGCUUUCCCAGAGGACCAUAAGCACUGCUUCACGCAGACAGGUUGAAAAUAAAGUUCCUGAGAUGCAGAAGCUUUUCCAGGAGGACAAUGGCAUCCCUGUGCAUCUUAAAGGUGGCGUGAAGGAUGCUCUCCUGUACAGACUGACCAUGGGCAUGUCGGUGUUUGGAGUAGCCUAUGUUCUUUACAAGCUGGUUGACAUCUCAAUGCCCAAGAAGCAGAACUGAUUCCAAGAUGCCUCUGUGACUUUCACCUCUUCAUCCAGUUCCAAGUGGCGGUUAUGGUGCUUACUUGGUAUAAGCAGCUGGCAUCAUGCUUGGAAUCAUAAUUUAAUUGUCAUGUGUUAACUGCCAUCAAUAAAGCAGUUCUUAACGUUGAA